AAUUCCUUUAGUUAAUUACAAUAAUAACAAUACCCCCAGGCAAUCCACAACUGCGCUGGAGUUGUCGCAAAAAUACGUCCACACAAAGUCACCAAUGGAAGGAGUCUGAAUUUGUCGUGCCUAGGUCAACUUCUUUGUAACAGUUCUUGUUUUUGUUACUGCGUGGAGCAAAAUGCCUGUGAAACACGUUCAUUUAUGAAAUCAUUGAGCUUUAAGUUAAUUUUUGAACUUAUUUUUAGUGUGAUUGAAUGAGUAUAACUUAAAGAAAUAGCUGCUCUGGUUCAACAUCAACUAGUCCCAACAUCACCCGAUUCGCAUACUUCUGCGACCAUUACAGCUCCGCGCCACGGGGCCCGCCAUGAACGGGCUGAGCCUGACCGAGCUAUGCUGCCUGUUCUGCUGCCCGCCGUGCCCGUCGCGGAUCGCGGCCAAGCUGGCCUUCCUGCCGCCCGAGGCCACGUACAGCUUGAUGGCCGACGAGACGGGCAACAAGCACAAGAUCAUUCUCACCGAGCGCGCCGACUGGCUCUACACCGACAAGGAGAAGGAGGCCAUGGAAGCGUUCUACACGCGCACGAGCAAGGGCAACCGCAUCGCCUGCAUGUACAUCAAGUGCUGCCCCAGCGCCAAGUACACGAUCCUGUUCUCUCACGGCAACGCCGUCGACCUGGGCCAGAUGAGUAGCUUCUACCUGGGCCUGGGCUCGCGCAUCAACUGCAACAUCUUCAGUUACGACUACUCGGGCUACGGCGACAGCACGGGCCGGCCGUCCGAGAAGAACCUGUACGCCGACAUUGAGGCGGCGUGGCAGGCGCUGCACGGCCGGUACGGCGUGUCGGCCGACUCGGUCAUCUUGUACGGCCAGAGCAUCGGCACCGUGCCCACCGUCGACCUGGCGGCGCGGCACGAGUUCGGCGGCGUCGUGCUGCACUCGCCGCUCAUGUCCGGCAUGCGCGUUGCCUUCAAGACGCAGCGCACCUGGUUCUUCGACGCCUUCCCCAGCAUCGACAAGGUGCCGAAGAUCAAGUCGCCAGUGUUGGUGAUACACGGCACCGAGGAUGAGGUGAUCGACUUCUCGCACGGUCUGGCCAUUCACGCCAAGUGCUCGAGGCCCGUGGAGCCGCUCUGGGUAGAGGGCGCCGGCCACAACGACAUCGAGGUGCACGGUCAGUACCUGGAGCGGCUGAAGAAGUUCGUGGCCGAAGACCUGCCCAACUGACGUCAGGCACCGGCGCGCGACGGCCGGCAACAACUGCCGUCCCGUGCGCCGGAGCCGCCGCCGUCGGAGCUCUCGGCCGCCGUCCCUCCCCCCGCGCAGGGCGGCGUAGUCUGUGAACGCUCUGUAAGCCCGAGUGCCUGCGCCUCGCUCGCCGAGAAGCUCCUGUGAAGACGUGCACCAGUACAAUCCGGCCGGGCCGCCGAGGCCGCCCGGACGGCGCGCGCGCGCGCGCGCGCCUCAUCACUGACCGCCGCCGGCGGACCGCGGUCGGAGCGGGCGGACCUGGCGCGCGCCGGCCGCCGGCUCCGUCUUUCCCAGCCGUAUUGGUUCUCGCACCGGGUGACUUGUGCGCAUCCACGUUGUUUUAUCACUUUCCAUUGGCUGUACAUGGGUGCCAGACGGCUGCGCAGCGCGGCGACUGGCGGCGGAGGACGACACUUUCAGUGCCGCGGCCGGCCGCUGGGUGGCCGCGGAUGUGCGAGUGACGGUCUGUGGAUGCGACUGCUGCUGAUCUCACUACGGGCCCGGUGGGUGAGUCGACGGGAAGCGCCAGCCUUGCCAGCGAGAGCGAGAGAGAGGGAGAGGUGCCCGGCCCUGGUGGCGCGAUGGACGGUAACGUCAGAGCCUUUGGUGUACAGUGGAUGGGAAUUGCCGGGGGCUGGUCGGCGCGCCGCCUGUGGCGGCGCUGCGGACGGCCCUAUUUUCAAACCGUGUCUUUAUACCUCGUAGUACAGUCUAUUGUGUACUCUAAGUUAGCGGUAUAGAAUUUGGACCUAGUUUUGUUUCGGCUCUAGCCGCCUGCGUCGGGCCGGCCUGGCCUGGUCGGCAUGCAAUCCAGCCUGCCUUGAGAACUGCGUGACACGCCCGCUCCGAUUUGAGGCCAAAGAUCGGGCGCUUUGUCUCAUCCGGACCCCCGAGGUAUGGUGUUCGAUGCAUUCUUAUUUAGUGCACAUCGAAUAUUGGGUGAUUGUCUCUGGUUCGGUGUGAGAGAUGUGACGUCAUCUCGGCGAGCGUGCAAGUUGUCGGCCAACCGUUCCCGCUCCACGUCUGCUGUAUUUUUGUCCCCCCCCCCCCCCCCACACAUGAUCGUCAAAUCCCUAGAAUGUUGAAACUGCCUGAUUUGUCCGAAUGCAUCCAAUACAUUACUGUCAUAUC